AUGCCAUGGGCGCCGCCGACGGGUGAUGAGGCGCUUCGCAACCCCUAUCAAGCCUUUCGCAUGCAUCGUUACCACACGGGAACAGAGACUCAGUCGUUGCAGCACGAGGUAAUGCGUGAGGUGAGUCAGCAGCAGCAGCAGCGCCAGCGCCAGUGGCCACCUGCGGCGGGAAGCAAAAGCGCCCCGGAGGCAGCCAGUGAACAGAGCGGCGAAGACGAAGGGACGCCAGAUCGGCAGCUGCAGACGCGGUGCCACAAGGAGCAGCAGGCGUGCCCUGAGGCACCAGCACGCCAGCGGGACGGGGCUACGGUUGUGUCAUCGCUGCGCCGCUUCCUUUCCAUAAUUCCUGCCCCGUCAACGCCCGACCAGCCGCCGCCGCCGCCGCCGCCAAGGGGCAGUGUGGCCAACAACGAUCGCACAUUACCGUUUCAGCAUCUGCCGAGCACUGCCUUGCCGUCAUCGUCCGCGAUGGCUGCUGCGGCGACCAGGCCGUCUCCAUCGCCUGCCGCUGCAACGCGGCCGUCGCCGAUACCACCGGUGCCCACCACCUUCGCUCUCUUUGGCGCGCUUGAACGGCUCUCCCGCUUCUCGGAGAUGGUGCAGCUGUGCCAAGAGCACGCCGACGUUCUGGACGACUUCUUGACUCGUCUCACCCUCCAGCUGCACCGCAACUCGUGCGCACUGCCGUUGCUGGCCAGUGGCGUGAACCCCGCCUGCAGCCAGUCAUCCCCACCGUCGUUGGCAACGAGCGCCGCGCACGACGACUGCGAGUUCCUUCGAUGGCAUCGGAUCAUCAUGUUCCUGCUUCGCCAACCAUCAGAACUGGUGAAGGUCGGUGCCGAAUUUUUCACUGACGCGGUCAACUCCUGGCCGCUACACAUGCUGUAUCUGACCUGCUGCUUCUACGUGACGGCGCGCGAGCACGGCUUCGAUGCGCUAGCGACAGCCCUAUGCAAGGGCGGCAUCUUUUGCUCAGGUAAAGGACUCUUCGCCGCUUUGGCCGUGUCGAUGGCGCAGAGCGAGGAGGGCCUAAUUCGUGCCACUGCGUGCAUGUACCGUGCCGCCUUCUACACCGGCGUGCUUAUGCGCAAGCGCCAGCAGCACUUUGAGACGGAGACGCGCCUGACCGCAAAUGGCGGCUUUACGCUGUUGGUGGUGAACAUCCCCAUCAUCACGCUGCGACGCCUCGUCGCGCGGGUGAACGAAGGCUAUGACGUGUUUGCCUCCAUGCGCGACGUCUCCAAGGGGAAUGAGACGGAGCGGGACAGCACCUGGCUCAACGUGAACGGCACCAACACGGCUGCCAGCACCGGCACCGCCCUUACCCCUCGGGGGCGGCGUGGCGGGCGACUGUAUUCACCGAACUCGUCCGGCGCUCACGCGCCAGCCUCGCUACCCUUCGCGCGCUCCAUGCCGCAUUUUCCACACUCGGUGAUUGAGGUGAGCCGUGUCAUCAGCAACCGAUCCGCCGUACUCUGCGGUCACCCGCUGGACAUGCUGCGGCUGGAUACGAUCCUCGCCCGCUUCGCGGAUUUUAACGAUGUGAAGAUUCACAAGGAGUACCUCCCCGCUGGCGGUCCAGAGAACAGCUACUUCUUCAACAAGCACAUGGCGCACGAGCUCAUGGGACUGUGGAGGACGCGCGGGGUUUCCUUCUCGCUUGCCAGCGUGCAGCUGCCCGUGUACUCGCCGGUGAACGGUGACUUGUGGGCGGCGUCGCUGCGCGUGCCUUUCGGCCCUCCGGCGCCGUCAGAUAUGCCGACUACCACGAUGGCGUCAGCCUACGUCAGCAACGCCAUCUUGUGUUCUGCGGCACCUCCACCAAUGGCGGGGUAUCGCGACGAGUGGUGGAUGUUCAACGUUGCAGAGGCGGCGACGUGCUCCAACCAGGACCUGACCUACUCCCUGCGCCACAUGCAGGACGGCAGUGUCCUGCUCGACUUCUCCACCCACGCAAUGAGGAUUGGGCGGCUGAUUGCGUGGACGAACAAGUCGAUUACGGUGCUUGCGGCGCCAGAGAACCGUCACGAGUCGUCGGCGAUGCCGCCGCCGCGGCGCAGCCCGAAAGACGAGGCCGUGCGCAACACAAUGAAGAAGCUCGCCAUAAUCAACAAUGUUCUUCGAGAGGUCGGUGACAGGACCGAGCAACCGUCUGACGCUCUGGCAAACCCUUCCGUGGAGCUGUCCACCACCUUCACGGAGCUAGGGCUGCUGGAGGUACUGCAGAGGCCGCGGGAGCGUGCCGGAACAUGUCGCUCCGGCGCCCCGACGCACGCCGCCUCCGUGGUGCUGAGCGAGGGGCAGAGCAGCCACCAUGGUCACGGCAGCAUGAGGUUCGGCAACGUGCCGUCCAGAGUUGGUGUGGCUUCUGAUGCGCCAUCCGCGUACCGACUGGAUGCUGCCACUUCACUGGGUGGGCCCCGUGGCGUCGCCUCAUCCAACGGCACAGCCGCGGGCCGACGCAUAAACCCGAGCAUCGGCGCUCUUGUAUCGCUGAAAAGCGCUUCCGCGAACAGCGCGAAUCAUGCCAUCAUCCCGGCCACGGCCAGCAACCUCAGCAACCCGAACGCCAUCGGGUACAGGCCUACGGACAGCCUGUCUCUGAGCUCUGCUGGCGCCGUCGCCGGCUGUCUCGGGGGCGAUCUGUGGCACACUAUAAGCCCAGUUGGCCAGUCUGAUGCAAGCAGCGAGCAGCGCACGCCAACGGUAACGUCCAUGUCUAUCGGCGCUUUCUCAUCGCUGCAGCUCACAACGGAGGAGGCGUCUGGCGUUGGUGGUGUCAGCCACCCUGCCCCACCGGCGCCGUUCCUCUCUGUCCCGCAGGAGGCGUACUUGCCGCCCAGCUCCGUCUCAGUAGGUCGCGGCCGCAGCAGCGCUGUGGUGGCCUCCGACUCCCUUCACGAGGGCCCGGCCUCCGCUUUCGCUCUUCCAUCGGACGCGGUGGCGCGGCUGGCGAGUGAGCCGGAGCGUAUCCCGGCGCGCCGCAUUCGCUCGGCGCCUAGCGGGCAGGGCAGCCCGCACAUUCAGGCGUCUGGCGCCACCGCCCCGCGGUGGACGCGGGGCAUUCAGUGCGAGCCGCCCACGGAAGGGGACCGCCCGAGUACGGAGAGAGGCGGUGCGGUGGCGUUCGGCGACGACAGCGCUGGUGUCCGCCGCGUUUCCGGUGACAGCCUUACCCACGACGCGGCGUGCUUUCCGGCUUCCAUGUAUGAGAAUGGCUUUGUAAUUCGCCGCAACGGCGACUACGCUGGUAUCGUGAACGUAUAUCAAGUCUCCACUCUGAUCACGUGCUACGAGAUGCAGUUUAACUCCGUCCUCUGCGACGGCGCCGUUCUGUUCGCCAGGUUGCUCAAGAGGGCAUCUGGCAUUGCCUUUCCCUCAUACACGCUGUUGCUCUGCCCUACAGUGUUUUCUCUUCUGGAGUUGUGGGACGGCUACGAGUUUGAGGAGCUGUGGAGGCGUUCCCUUAGCGCCCCGGUGUGCAGUCGUGCCACGUCACCCCUCUCUGCUGGUCUGAUGUGA